UCGAGACGCUUAUUAACUGAUCUCUCCUCAUCAUUUUCUCUUCCCCUUCCCCUCCCCUCUGCCCGGUCUCUCUAUUUGGUCUUCGGGCGCCUUUUCUCCUGCAAUUUUCCCUUUUUUUUUCCUUCUUUUCAUCGAUGCCCAGAACUUGAUUUUUGAAUCAAGGAGGAAGAAAAAGGAAGAAAAGGAAGAGGGAUCAAUUUAUAGACCCAUCUGAUUGUUCGUGUCUGCUCUGUGUUGCGUUUUGUUACCAUGGUUGAAACCAGGCGUAGUUCUUUCUCCAAACGCUCUCUUUCUUCAUCUCAUGGUUCUCCUCCUCCUUCGGGCGCCCCCAAUUCCAAAAGAUCUAAGGUUAUUGAGGCAUCGUCGUCUACGGAGGACGUUCAGAGCGCGCCGCCUGUUGAGCCGUUGAUCCCAGUUGGGGAAUCUGGGGUUGAAUCGGUUGACCCAGUUAUACAACCAGCUGAUCCAUUCGAUACUGAUUCUUUGAAGGUCAACAACGCAGGCGAUGAGGCUGUUCCCGAGAAUUCCCAUGACCUUCAGACAGAAGGCGAGGCUAUUAUUGCGCCGCAACAUUUAGGUGAUGUUGCAGCCGAUGCGGAGAAAUCGAAGGUGGUUGUGGCUGCCAUGCUCAAUCGCUCGAAGAAGCGAACGAUGAGGUUGGCGAAGUCGAAUUCAAAGCCUGCGUGGGGAAAACUUCUUUCGCAGUGCUCACAGAAUCCACACUUGGUUAUUUGUGGUACUCUGUUCACCGUUGGUCAAAGUCGUCAGUGUAAUUUAUGGCUUAAAGAUCCAUCUGUCAGUACAACAUUGUGUAAGCUGAGGCACAUCAAGCGCGGGAACUCUUCUGCUUUGCUGGAAAUCACGGGAGGCAAAGGUGCUGUCAUUGUUAAUGGCAAGAUUUUUCAAAAAAACUCUAGUGUAAUUUUAAAUGGAGGUGAUGAGGUUGUCUUCACUUCCUCUGGAAAACACGCUUACAUAUAUCAGCAGCUCACUAGUGAUGAUUUUACUGUUUCUGGUCUGCCUUCUGUAAACAUUUUAGAAGCUCAUAGUGCUCCUGUUAAGGGGAUUCAUUUUGAAGGAAGGUCUGGGGAUGCCUCAGCUGUAACUGGCGCAUCCAUAUUAGCAUCGUUUUCGAAUAUUCAGAAAGAUUUGUCUCUGCUUUCCCCACCUGCUAAAUCCAAUGAGGAUGUGGAUUUACCCACUGGUUGUGGAGUGUCAGAUGAUCAGAAUCCAGACAUUAAUAUGAAAGAUGUCAGUACUAAUAAUAGUGAUCUAAAUGGUGAUGCAUCUAUGGACAAAAAUAUCGACCCAACUCCUAAUUCUGCAGCUGAAAGCCCCAGUAUUGAUAGGCUCGGACUCGAUGCUUGUAUCGAUACAGAAAUGGGGGAAGUCCCUGGAGCAACUCAUGAAUUACGGCCACUUUUACAAAUUUUAGCUAGUUCGGCAUCUCCCGACUUCAAUUUAAGUGGCAGCAUUUCAAAGAUCCUUGAUGAACAAAGGGAUAUAGGGAGUCUCUUUAAGGAUUUUAACCCCCCUCCUGCUAUGCCGAUGUCAACUCGACGUCAAGCAUUCAAAGAAAGAUUACAACAAGGCAUUCUUAAACCUGACAGUAUUCAUGUUUCUUUUGAGAAUUUCCCAUAUUAUUUAAGUGAUACAACAAAAAAUGUUCUGAUUGCGUCCAUGUUCAUUCACAUGAAGUGUAAUAAAUUUGUGAAGCAUGCGUCGGACCUUCCUAUUUUGAGCCCACGUAUACUGUUGUCUGGACCUGCAGGUUCGGAAAUAUACCAGGAAACUUUGGCAAAGGCACUUGCUUGGCAUUUUGGAGCUAGAUUACUAAUUGUGGAUUCUCUUCUUUUGCCUGGAGGACAAACAUCCAAGGAUGCCGAUAUUGUAAAAGAUAGUUUGAGGCCUGAAAGGGCAUCUGUUUUUGCAAAAAGAGCUGUGCAGGCAGCGGCUGCUGCAGCUGCUGCUGCUUCGCAGAACAAGAAACCAACUUCCAGUGUUGAGGCUGAUAUUGCAGGUGGAUCUACCUUAAGCUCGCAGGCGUUGCCAAAACAGGAAGCAUCCACGGCUUCAUCGAAGACCACCGCUUUUAAGACAGGCGACAAAGUUAAAUUUGUGGGUACGUUAUCUUCUGCGCUUUCACCUCCUCUUCAAAGUUGUCCUCUCAGGGGUCCGUCUUAUGGUUGUCGGGGGAAAGUUGUCCUUGCUUUUGAAGAGAAUGGAUCCUCAAAAAUAGGGGUGAGAUUUGACAAACCGAUUCCAGAUGGUAACGAUCUCGGUGGCCUUUGUGAAGAAGAUCAUGGCUUCUUUUGUUCUGCUAAUCAUCUACUUCGCUUGGAUGGUCCUGGAGGCGACGAUACCGAUAAGCUUGCUAUUGAUGAAGUUUUUGAGGUUGUCUCAAACGAGAGCAAAAACAGCCCGCUAAUAUUGUUCGUCAAAGACAUAGAAAAGGCAAUGGUGGGACACUCGGAUGCUUACUCUAUUCUUAAGGGCAGGCUUGAAAAUUUGCUAGGAAAUGUUGUUGUCAUUGGCUCCCACACACAUAUGGAUAGUCGAAAAGAAAAGUCCCAUCCUGGUGGUCUGCUAUUUACCAAGUUUGGAAGCAACCAAACAGCUUUGCUCGAUCUUGCGUUCCCGGAUAAUUUUGGCAGAUUGCACGAUAGGAACAAGGAAACUCCAAAAGCGACAAAGCAACUUAGUCGACUCUUCCCGAACAAAGUGACCGUAUUACUUCCUCAGGAUGAGGCCUUACUUUCGGAGUGGAAGAAACAAUUGGAACGUGAUACCGAAACUCUGAAAACACAGGCAAAUAUAGUCAGUAUCUGCUUGGUUCUCGGUCGAAUUGGUUUGGAUUGCCCGAACCUUGACACUCUCUGCAUUAAAGAUCAAGCACUAACACUCGAAACCGUUGAGAAAGUCGUCGGCUGGGCUUUGAGUCAUCAUUUCAUGCAUUGUUCUGAAGUGUUGGUUAAGGAUGCUAAACUCAUCAUUUCUACAGAAAGCAUCGAGUACGGAUUGAACAUUUUACAUGGUCUCCAAAGUGAGAACAAGAGCUUGAAGAAAUCGCUCAAGGAUGUGGUUACUGAGAACGAAUUUGAAAAGAAACUUCUUGCCGAUGUUAUUCCACCUGGUGAUAUUGGUGUUACGUUCGAAGACAUUGGUGCUUUAGAAAACGUGAAGGACACGUUGAAGGAAUUGGUGAUGCUCCCGCUACAGAGGCCGGAGUUAUUUUGUAAGGGGCAGUUAGCAAAGCCGUGCAAGGGAAUUUUACUUUUUGGUCCACCUGGUACUGGAAAAACGAUGCUUGCUAAAGCUGUUGCAACUGAGGCUGGUGCAAACUUUAUCAACAUUUCCAUGUCAAGCAUUACUUCUAAGUGGUUUGGUGAGGGUGAAAAAUACGUAAAGGCGGUGUUUUCUCUAGCAAGUAAAAUCGCUCCGAGCGUUGUGUUUGUUGACGAGGUUGAUAGCAUGUUAGGACGACGCGAAAAUCCGGGCGAACAUGAGGCUAUGCGCAAAAUGAAAAAUGAAUUUAUGGUUAAUUGGGAUGGGUUGCGAACAAAGGAUAGAGAACGUGUACUCGUUCUUGCUGCAACCAAUAGGCCGUUUGAUCUCGAUGAGGCUGUGAUUAGGAGGCUUCCUCGGAGAUUGAUGGUUAACUUGCCGGUUGCCUCGAAUAGAGAAAAGAUUUUGCGAGUCAUACUCGCCAAGGAAGAGUUGGCUGCUGAUGUCGAUUUAGAGGCCAUUGCUAAUAUGACUGAUGGAUAUUCUGGAAGCGAUUUGAAGAAUCUUUGUGUAACAGCGGCUCACUGUCCCAUUAGAGAAAUUUUGGACAAGGAAAAGAAGGAGAGAAUCACUGCUUUGACCGAGGACAAACCCGUACCGGCACUAUAUAGCAGUACCGACGUUCGCCCUUUAAAAAUGGAGGACUUUAGAUUUGCACAUGAGCAGGUGUGUGCGAGCGUCUCGUCGGAGUCUACAAACAUGAACGAGCUCCUCCAAUGGAACGACCUGUAUGGAGAAGGCGGGUCGAGGAAGAAGACGUCUUUGAGUUACUUCAUGUAGAGGUGAGGUGAGGUGAGGUGAUUGUAUCUUUGUUGUAUAGAGUUUCCAUUUCAUUUCUUUGAUUUCCGAGUUCGUCUCCGUCUCGAUCUCCGUCUCCGCCCCUCGAAAAGAGCGCAAGAUCGGGGAUCGAUCAGGCAUGGAAAUCCAUCGCCCCCACCCUCCAUUCCCCUAUUGUAUCAUAUAUAGUUCUUUUUCUUACCCUUCAUUUAUUUAUUUCUCUAUGCUUUUGUAGGAAUUUUACAAUUUUCUUUAGCUAAUUUGACCAAAAAAGCCUCUCU